AUGUCAUCUGCACGAUUUGAUUCAUCAGACCGGUCCAGUUGGUAUUUUGGACCUGUGUCGAGACAGGAGGCGCAGAAUAGAUUACAAGGACAGAGGCAUGGCAUGUUUUUGGUUCGGGAUUCCUCGACCUGCCCUGGCGACUAUGUACUGUCAGUGUCUGAAAAUUCCAAAGUAUCCCACUAUAUCAUCAACUCCUUGCCAAGCAAAAGGUUCAAGAUAGGUGACCAAGAAUUCGAGCACCUCCCUGCUCUUUUGGAGUUCUACAAAAUCCACUACCUGGAUACGACUACACUGAUAGAACCCGCCCCCAGGUACCCUAACACUGCCAUUGGCACCGGCCCCAUUCAGACGAUGCCUGCCCCAGAGGACAACCUGGAGUAUGUGCGGACUCUGUAUGACUUCACAGGUAGCGAUGCUGAGGACCUGCACUUCAAGAAGGGGGAGAUCCUGAUCAUCCUGGAGAAGCCUGAAGAGCAGUGGUGGAGUGCCAAGAACAAGGAGGGCCGUGUGGGCAUGAUUCCUGUGCCCUACGUUGAGAAGCUGGUGCGGCCCUCCCCUCACCCUGGUCAGCCCCCCCACAGCUCCCGCAACUCCAACAGCUACGGCAUCCCUGAGCCGGCCCACGCCUACGCCCAGCCUCAGCCACCUUCGCCCCUGCCCCCUGGCACCCCUGGGGUGCUCAUCACCCCCCUGCCCUCCAUGCAGAAUGGGCCAGUCAUGGCGAAGGCUAUCCAGAAACGAGUACCCUGUGCCUAUGACAAGACUGCCCUGGCUCUAGAGGUGGGAGAUAUAGUCAAAGUGACCAGGAUGAACAUCAGUGGUCAGUGGGAGGGAGAGGUGAAUGGCCGAAGGGGCCUCUUCCCCUUCACUCACGUCAAAAUAAUGGACCCCCAGAAUCCAGAUGAGAAUGAAUGACCUGGUCCCCCAGCCAACCUCCCUACAGCAACACCUCAACCUGAUGGCUGUUUCCAACUCACCCGCCAGUGUCACCAAGGUUACGCGCUUGCCUGCUUAGGGCUGUGCCACAGUGCUCCCUGUUAUCGUAAUGCCAACCAUUGUUCGGCUUUUUGACUGUUUACAGCUCCAGAAAAGGCUCCCGUCAAAUCCCCGCCCCACCUGGUUACAGACUGGUCAGUGUUUGUCUUUUCAUUUCAUUGCCAUGGUUAUGUGUUUCCAUGGCUCCCAAAAAGCUGUCUCACCUGAUGAGUGAAAGCGAGGAGAGGGUGAGGAGAGGGUGAGGAGAGGGUGAGGGUUGAGAACGGACUCUCAACACAAUCAUUUAUUGUUUUAUAUUAACCACACGCACAGUUUACUGUUAUCUGUUUAUGUGUGUGGAUCAGAAUCUCUGGAUGGACACAAGCUGAGCUGACUAGAAGGCAAGGCAGAGGCUGACAGAGGACAAGGCCGUGUGGAUCUAGUCCUCUUGGAUUAGCCCAGAGCCUCAGUGACACUGACCUAGUCCACAGUUCCUUUAUUUAUGUUAUCCCCAGACAACAUGUGAAAUGGCCAUAUGGGAUGACAUCCUUUCUUUAAUUUGUGCCAUAAGUUCCAGAGUGCUGAGCGAGGUGUUUGUAAUAUAACUGCAUGGCUGUGACCAGGCUAUAGCCAAUGUUAUAAUAGGGCUUGUAAGUACUGUUCAGGGGUAAUGGCUUUUCUAUGAGACGGAUGCCUCCUGCAUCCAAUAUAGGUCACGGGAGGUGGGUAAAGGUCGCAGCCAGCCAAUGACACCCCAUCUAUGCCUUUCACUGAAAAAUGCAAAUUUAGCACAAGCAAUCCUUCCCUGUUCUCUCCCUAGGUUCUUUAAAGGCAGCUACACACUUCACGCAAACAGAGCCACUUAGCCUUAAAUACGGUCUGUUCCAAAAUUGAAACUGCACGGAAGUUUCUAGAACUAUCCAGAGAAUGCCGCUGUGUUGCUGUGUUUUGCAUGAAGUGUGGAUGGGCCUUAUUAUAGUGAUUGAAUACACCCACCCGGUCCUGUGUCACGCCGUGUUGACUGUCCAACGUGGGGCCUGAGGAGAAAACAGUUAUCUUUGGUAUGUCUGACUUAUGAUGUCAGAGUGUUCCUGCUCUCUGGCGUGCGCGUGUGUGUGUGUGUGUGUGUGUGUGUGUGUGUGUGUGUGUGUGUGUGUGUGUGUGAGGAGGGGUGAGCGUGCGUUGAUAAAGUGCUCCACUAGAUCUCUGCUGUAAAGAAGAAAACAUGCUUGCCCUUGCUUUUGUCUCUCCCCAAGUGCUUUCCCUCAGUCCCCCAGUGCUUUUUCAUUGGGUAGA